AUGGGGCUCGACAUACGGCAGAAGUACAACAGCGUGGAGGGUCUGCGCUACGGGCACCUCAUGAUUAUGUCCGACCAGGACCACGACGGCUCCCACAUUAAAGGCCUCAUCAUCAACAUGAUCCACAACUUCUGGCCGGACCUGCUCAAGACGCCAGGGUUCCUGCAGCAGUUCAUCACACCCAUCGUGAAGGCACGUAAGAAGGGCCGAGCCGCCAACGACGAGCGGGCCAUCUCCUUCUUCUCGAUGCCAGAUUAUUUUGAGUGGAAGAACGCCAUUGGGGAUGGCAUAAAGAACUACGAGGUGCGCUACUACAAGGGUCUCGGUACAUCUGGCGCAAAGGAGGGUCGUGAGUACUUUGAGAACAUCGACCGCCACCGCCUUGACUUUGUGCACGAGGACGUGCACGACGACUCACGCAUCGUCAUGGCCUUUUCAAAGGACAAGGUGGAGGAGCGCAAGCAGUGGAUUACACACUUCAAGGCCAACACCAACCCCAACGAGACGAUGAACUACAACGUGAAGACAGUGUCAUACUCAGAGUUCGUUGACAAGGAGCUUAUUCUCUUCUCAGUGGCUGACUGUGAGCGUUCCAUCCCGAGCGUUGUGGAUGGGCUGAAGCCCGGACAGCGCAAGAUCAUGUUUUCCUCGUUUAAGCGCAACCUCACGCGAUCCAUUAAGGUGGUGCAACUAGCCGGUUACGUCUCUGAGCACGCGGCGUACCACCACGGCGAGCAGUCGCUGGUGCAGACCAUCGUUGGCCUCGCACAAGACUUCGUGGGCUCGAAUAAUGUGCCGCUGCUCCAGCAGGACGGUCAGUUUGGUACACGGCUGCAGGGCGGCAAGGACCACGCUGCGGGCCGUUACAUCUUCACCCGCCUCGCAAACAUCGCGCGGUACAUUUACCACCCCUCGGAUGACUACGUCGUGGACUACAAGGAUGACGACGGGUUGUCGGUAGAACCCUUCUACUAUGUGCCGGUGAUCCCAAUGGUGCUGGUGAACGGCACCUCCGGCAUCGGGACGGGCUUCGCGACGAACAUCCCCAGCUACUCGCCGCUCGAGAUCAUCGACAACUUGAUGCGGCUGCUGUCUGGGGAGGAGCUGCAGCCCAUGAAGCCGUGGUACUUUGGAUUCACCGGCGAGAUUGUUGAGAAGGAAAAGGGGAAGUUCAUCUCUGUGGGGCGUGCCACCGUGCGCCCCGACGGCAUCGUGAGCAUCACAGAGCUGCCCAUUGGCACAUGGACGCAGUCGUACAAGAAGUUCCUCGAGGAGCUUCGCGAGAAGGAGGUGGUGGUGCAGUACCGCGAGCACAACACCGACGUGACGGUAGACUUCGAGGUCUUCCUACAUCCCGAUGUGCUGCGGCAGUGGCUCGCGCAGGGCUGCCUUGAGGAAAAGCUGCAGCUGCGUGAGUACAUUCAUGCUACGAACAUCAUUGCCUUUGACAGGGAGGGGCAGAUCACAAAGUACCUCGAUGCGGAGGCGGUGCUGAAGGAGUUCUACUUGGUGCGCCUCGAGUACUACGCGAAGCGGCGAGACUUCCUCAUCGGCGACCUGCGCCGCACCGCGUCGAAGCUGGAGAACAUGGUGCGCUUCGUGACGGAGGUGGUCGNCCGCCUCAUCGUGACGCGGCGGCGCAAGCGGGAGCUGCUGGAGGAGCUGCAGCAGCGUGGCUACGCCCCGUUCCCGCCGCAGCAGAAAAAGAAGGUCAGCUCCACCACCGUUGAGCAGGAGGAGGAUGAGGGCGCCGUGGACACAGCAGGGCGCGCAACGGCGGGGGCGGAUGAGUUGCUGCUGCUGCACGGUGACCCGCGCGAGGAGCAGGAGGGCGACGUGGAGCCGCCCGAGGUGCAGCGCGCCACGCGGGACUACGACUACCUGCUGGGGAUGCGGCUGUGGAGCCUCACGGCGGAGAUGAUCGCGCGGCUGCUCGCGCAGCUGCAGAGGGCGCGCGACGAACUCAACGCCCUCGAGAAGCGUACGCCGAAGGACUUGUGGCAGGAUGACCUGAAGCUGCUGCGCCCGCGUAUCGAGAAGCACUUCGAGGAUCGUGCGAAGGAGAUUGCGUCGAUUCAGCGCAAGAAGAUGGAGAAGAAACGGCCGUUUGAUCCGCGGCGGCUGCGUGUGCCGCUGCUCUCUGACAAGGCGCGGCAGGCACUCGCGAAGGAGUCCGUCAAGACGGAGAAGAAGAGCGGGCGCACCACUCGGGCAGACAACAGUGGAGAUAACAGCACCACUAACAGCGGUGCCGCACCUCCACGCAAAGCCCCAGCAAGACGCAAGAAGAAGAAGUCGAGCGACAGCGACGGCGACGACGACGACUUUGAGGACUUCGACGACGGCGGCAACAGCGGCGGUAGCGACUGGCAGCCCGAUGAUGACAGCACCGACCUGGUGGAACGCGACGACGGGCCCGGCGGAGGCGGCGGCAACAAGAAGGAUGGCGGGCAGCAGAAGGCCCCGCCAAAGCAGCCUGCCGCAAAACGGGCGCCCCGCAAGCCGAAGGAGGAGAAGGUGAAGCAGGAGGGAGGCGCCAAGCGUGUCAGGACGGAGAAGACCGCACGGGUGACUCUCACGGAUGACUUCGACAUCGACAGCUUCGGCAUCGAGGCACUCAUGAACUCGGCGCCCAAAACAACGCCAGCCACAUUCACCACCACCACCACCACCCCAGCAGCAGUAGCAGCCGUGACGGCGCCGCGGCGGUUCACAGUGACUGACGAAGAUGGGGACGAUGACUUGUUGCUCCUUGGCGUGACUAAACCGGAAGAGAAGAAGCCACUGCCAGUAAAGCAGGCGCCAAAGCGUGUGGAGCGGAAACCGCAACAGAAACAGGAGAAACAGAGUUCGCGGAAGCGUCGUCGUCGUGGCGGCAGCAGCAGCAGCAGCGAGGAUGAGGAUGAGGAUGAUGAGGAGGACGACGAUGAUGAUGAUGAUGAUGAUGAGACCGCAAGCGAUUCUUCCUCGUAUGACUUCAGCGACUAA